GUCCCGUCUGAUUCCGUCCACUUGCCCGCUGAAGACGGUACGGAUGGCCGCCGUGGUCGCUCUGUGUCGCAGUCCGGUCCUCAGACUCCAAGCCCGACUGAGGAUGACCGCCAGCAUGUCCUCCCAGGCCGGCUAUCUCGUCGACGACCCCAAGUACUCUUUUCUCAAGGAGCUCGGCCUGCAGAAGCAAAACUGCGGUGCCUUCUACGGCAAAUGGAAGGCCACGGGGGAGAACACGACAUCUGUGUGCCCGGCCAACGGGCGGCCCAUCGCCGACGUGCAGCAAGCGAGCGUGUCCGACUACAACGCGUGCGUGGAGGAGGCCCAGAAGGCCUGGUCCGUGUGGGCGGACCUGCCCGCCCCCAGGAGGGGGGAGAUCGUCCGGCAGAUCGGUGACGCUCUCCGCGCCAAGCUCCUCCCCCUGGGCAAGCUCGUUUCCCUCGAGAUGGGUAAGAUACUCCCUGAGGGCGUCGGCGAGGUGCAGGAGUACGUGGACAUCUGCGACUACGCGGUGGGUCUGUCGCGGACCCUGAACGGCUCGGUCAUCCCCUCGGAGCGGCCCGGCCACGUGCUGCUGGAGCAGUGGAACCCGGUGGGCGUCGUGGGCGUCAUCUCGGCCUUCAACUUCCCCAUCGCGGUGUACGGCUGGAACGCGGCCAUCGCGCUGGUCUGCGGCGACGCCGUGGUGUGGAAGGGCGCCCCCAGCACGCCCCUCGUGUCCGUCGCCACGACCAAGGUGGUCGCCGAGGUGCUGGAGCGCAACGGCAUCCCGGGCGGCCUCUGCUCGCUCGCCCAGGGCGGCGCCGACGUCGGCAAGGCCAUGGCCGAGGACGAGCGUGUGCCCGUCGUGUCCUUCACCGGCAGCUGCGCCGUCGGCCAGCAGGUGGGAGUGACGGUCCAGUCGCGGUUCGGCCGCAGCAUCCUAGAGCUGGGCGGCAACAACGCCAUCAUCGUGGCCCCCGACGCGGACCUGGACAUGGUCAUGCAGUCCGUCGUGUUCGCGUGCUGCGGUACGGCCGGCCAGCGCUGCACCACCACCCGCCGGCUCAUCCUGCACAAGUCGGUGUACGACACCGUCUUGGAGCGGCUCAAGAAGUCCUACUCGACGGUGUUGGGCAGACUGGGCGACCCCCUGGACGACACCACUCUGUACGGCCCGCUGCACAACACCCUGGCUGUUGAUAACUACAAGCAGACCCUAGCUGAGGCCGUUAAGGCCGGCGGAAAGAUCGAGUUUGGUGGAAAGGUCGUCAAUCGCGACGGUUUCUUCGUUGAACCAACCAUCGUCACCGGACUGACCUACGACAGCCCCGUCGUGCAGAAGGAGACGUUCGCUCCCAUCGUGUACCUGCUGAAAUGCGACAGCGUGGAACAGGCCAUGCAGUGGAACAACUCCGUCAAGCAGGGCCUGUCGUCCAGCAUCUUCACCAAAGACCUCGGCACCAUCUUCAAAUGGAUCGGCCCCAAGGGUUCGGACUGCGGCAUCAUCAACGUCAACAUCCCCACCAACGGGGCCGAGAUCGGCGGCGCGUUCGGCGGCGAGAAGCACACGGGCGGCGGCAGGGAGUCCGGCUCCGACUCGUGGAAGCAGUACAUGAGGAGGGCGACCAUCACCAUCAACUACAGCAAGGAGCUGCCUCUGGCUCAGGGAAUCAAGUUCGAGUGAGGCGCAUCGCCGCGCCCCCACGUCGCAAGGGGAGGGUAGGUAGGUCCACAUACGCCAAAGAUGACAAAAGGGAAUGACCUUCAGACUGACAAAAAUAAAAUGCCUCUAUUUUUUUAUUAUUAUAAACAAUGUGGUUGUUGACAUCUUUCCCCUCUAUGCUAUCUUAUCAUUUCACUGUCAACAUGAGAAGUGGAAGAGCAGGCAAAUAUUUUUUUUUUCAUUUGCUGUUCGCUCCUAACACCGAGGUCUCUUUCAAAAAUAAUUAAUAACAAAAACAUUGUGAUAGAAUUCUAACAUAACUUGUUUUAAAAAGUUUAAAAAAUUAAUUAAAAUUAUGAUGAAUAUAUACAUAACAAAUGCUUGAAAACACAGAAAAAAUUUUGAAACAAUAAGCCGUUGUUUGAAUCUAGCUAGAUGCCUUACUUAUUGCUUGUCCCCAUUGUCCAGCCAGAUAUCUGAUGUGCAAUCACCACCCGGGUACCUAUGUCACAAGUAGGUGAAAAACUUACUUUAGAAAACAAUGCAGCUGGCUAAUAAUUUAAAAAUCUACGGCCAUGCAGAUUUCAACACUUACCUCAUUUCGUGAGCAAGAACAGGGCCUUCAGGCUCCAAUCCAAAGUCAACCAGAAAGUCUGGGUUUAUUUUCAUACCUCCAUUUUCAACAUCCACAUCCAAUUGCACAAUGAAAGACCCAUUUCUGUAAAUAAUUAGUAAAUUUCACUUAAUUAAUUGAAUUCAAAUUCCAUUGAAUGUACUGAAGCCAUAAAAGUGUGAGAUUUGCCAAAAAAACUUACUUGAUAUGCUCUGGAUAGAACUGUCGGUCAUAAGGGGAGAAAAGUGCACUGCUCACAUACAGUCGCUUCCCAUCUAAACUCAGCUGAAGCAUUUGAGGAGACCCAUGAAGAGGUCGUCCUUUGAUGUGGGUAAAUUCAGGCUGUUCCUGUAAUGUAUUAACAAUUAGUGCAAGGAACAUGAAAUAUUGGUUCUUUUUCCAUUUGAAAACUUACUUUUAGUUCCUUGUCCUCAAUGACUUUUACUGGGCCUCCCUUGUAAAUGCUUCCUCCCAAAAAUACUUGUCCAGUGAGGCGUGGAUUAAAUGGAUCACUGAUAUCAUAUUGCCGUACAUCUCCAUGAAGGAAAUUACUGAAGUACAGGAAUCGGUCAUCAAGGGAAAUUAAUAUAUCAGUUAUCAUGCCUGUUGGAAAAUAUACUUAAGCUGUUACUAUUUUAUUCUCCGCUCCUUCAAAAAUUUUUUUUGACUUUUAAAAUACCUUGCAUCUCACUUCCAGCCCAACCCUCAACUUUUUUGGCAGGGACGUCAAUAGCAUUUUCAGCAAACCAAGUACCAUCUUCUUUACGAGUGAUUCUA